AUGAAGUUCCUCAUCAUCCUCAAUGCCCUCAUGGUGGCCCUCUGCAGCCACCUUGCUAUCGCCUCUACUAUUGGGCACCCCUCUCUGAUGCCCCGCGAAGAUGCCGAGACCAACAACGGCACUGUCGCAACCCCCUACGGUAAUGUAGUGAGCUCCAUCCUCGAAGAUGGCAAGCAGAAGAUCGAGUUCUUCAAUGUCGAUGGCACGCUCGAAGUUACCGCCAUCGAAACCGCUGAAGGAGGUGCAACAUUCUACGACGCCGAAGGCAAGGAAGUCAGCCUCGAGGACCUGGAUGACGACGACGAGGACCUAGAGAAGCGCGUGUCGAAGUGGAGGCUCGCGAUCAAGUUUGCGAAGCUGAUUGCCAAGUAUGGCAAGCGGGCUUGGUCGUACAUCUACUGCGUUGGUACUACCCCGUUCUGGAAGUGUGGUGAUGAGACCAUAAACUCCCUCCAAUCCAACUGGAUCUGGGCCCCAAACUGGAUCGAUUCCUCCCCGGCCAACACAGCCGGUAGAAUCGUUCGGUUCACCCAUCACAUAUCUCUCUCGUCACCCGCUACACGAGCGCUAGUCCAUUGCUCGGCGGAUACACGCUACAAGCUAUAUGUCAAUGGUGUCCGGGCGGCAGUUGGACCCGCCCGCGGCAGCCCUCUGAUCUGGUACUAUGACACGGUGGAUAUCACGCCGUAUCUGCGCUCGGGAAACAAUGAGAUUGUCUUUGUUGUGUUGCGGUAUUUCAAUGCGUCCAGGGGUGCGAUGCCCUUUGAGCGGACGGCCUUUCCGGGGUUGACGGUUGUUGGGAUGAUCAAGACGGAGAGGGAGACUGUGGAUGUGCAGUCGAGGGAAGGGUGGUUGGUGCAGGUGGAUGAGAGUGUCCAGUUCCCAAUGGGCCUUGUUGACGAUGUUUUUUUGCAUAUUAAUGAGCGGAUCAGUCCGACUGUGUUGCCGGAGCCGGUUACCCCGAUGGUGUACGGGAUACGGACGUUGAAUGGGGAUCUGUCUCCAUGGCGUCUACGGCCUCGUCAGAUUCCCAUGCCCGAGGAGAGUUCUGUGGCUGUUGAUCUUGUCCAAAAGUGCCAGAGUGUCAACCAUAUCGACGAGUGGACGGGGUUUCUGCAAGCUAAGCAGACACUCUCACUGCCGGCCAGUUCCUCGCAUGAACUCGAAAUCCAGGCGGAAGUCCAUUCGACCGCGUUUCUACGGUGGUCCUUCCGGGCCGUGCAGGCGUCUCGCAUAACCCUCAAGGUCACCUAUUCGGAGGGAUACGAGCAAGAACCACGGUCCUAUCCAUUCUUCCGGACAAAGACUGAUCGACUGGACGCGGUAAAUGGACGCCUCAUUGGGCCGUAUGACGAAGUGACCUUUGAGCUACCAGCCGGAAAGACGAUCGUCUAUGAGCCGUUCUGGUUUCGCACGUUUAGACUGCUCCGGCUUGAGAUCGCCAGUGGGCCUGCAGCGGUUGAGCUCCUGUCGUUCGAGGCUACCCAGGUCAAUUAUCCAAUGGCAGUCAAGGCUAGCUGGCAGGAAGAUGGGGACGAGUACAGCGAGAGGAUCUGGGAGGUCUCCGUCCGCACGAUGCGCAACUGCAUGUUCGACGGGUACUCCGACUGUCCGUUCUACGAGCAGCUCCAAUACUCUGGCGACAGCCGCUCCGUCGGUCUGUUCCACUACCUCCUCUCCGGCGACGACCGUCUCAUGCGGCAGGCCAUCACCAACUUCGCCGCCUCGGUGACACCAGAAGGCCUCACCCAGUCCCGAUUCCCAUCCCACGUCCCGCAGAUCAUCGCCGGGUUCUCACUCUACUGGAUCCUCCAAGUCUGCGACCACCACCUCUCCUUCGGCGACACAGCCUACGCCCGCUCCUUCCUCCCCCGCAUCGACGGCGUCCUCGAGUUCUUCCACGCCCACAUCGACACCCUCGGCCUGGUCAGCAACCUCCCGGAAGACGCAUGGCAAUACGUCGACUGGGUGACAACCUGGGGCGCAACAGACACCCACCCAGACAAAGGCGUCCCCGUCUCCGGCCGCCAGUCAAACAGACACACCUUCUUCAGCCUCCUCUACGGCCACGUCCUCAAACAAGCCGCGCAGCUUCUCCACGCCGUCGGAAGACCCGCCCACGCAGACGAGUACACCGCGCGCGCGGGGGCCGUCCUCGCCGCCGCCCGCGAGCACUGCUACGACGGGCGCUUCUUCACCGAUUCCACGGCGGAUAUCGCAGAUGCGCGCGCCUACUCGCAGCACUGCCAGGUGUUCGCUGUGCUCUCUGGCGCCGUGCCGGACGGCGACCGAGCGCGUCUGCUGGCGGAGAGUUUUGCGGAGGCCGCGUUCGCACGGUGCUCGUAUGUGAUGCGGUUUUAUGCGCUGCGGGCGUUCUCGCUGGCGGGGGAUGAGGCGUAUGAGGCGUAUUGGGCGAGGGUGUGGGAGCCCUGGCGGCGGAUGCUCGAGUGUAAUCUGACCACCUGGGAGGAGGAUGAUGUGCGGCAGCGCUCGGAUUGCCAUGCUUGGGGGAGUGUCCCGGUCUACGAGUAUUGCACCGAGUUGGCGGGGGUGAGGAUCGUUGCGCCUGGGGCGAGGAGGGUGCUGUUCAAGCCAAGGUUGAGGUUGAGUAAGGGCAUCUCGGCGAGGGUGGCAGUUGGUAGGGACAAUGUGGCGACGGUGAGGUGGGAGACCGUGGAUGGCGAGAAGAGGGUGGAGCUGAGCUUUCAGAAAGCUGUGGAUGUGGUUUCUCAGAUGCCGGGGGAGGAGAGUGUCGAGCAUGGAGUGGUGCAGUUUCUUUUCUUCACUUGGACAGACUAUUAG